AUGUCUCUCACGCCCCCGUUGGUGCCAAAGGCAGAAUUAGUCACCCCUCCGGUAUCUCCUUUCUUGGGCCUCUACGCGGACGUCAACAUGCACCUUAGUAAUCUAGAAGACGAUAUCCCGCAGCCCUGUCUGGACCCAUCGGAGAUCAUGUCAGACAGCUUAAGCAUGUACUGUCAUCCGCUCUCGCCUGCUCUCAUGGAGGUCGACGAAGAGGAGCCUAUGGAUGACCGUUGGCUUUCUCCCGCCCCGGUACUUCAUCCUGACAGCCGCCCGGAUGCAGCCGCUGAAGUCACCUUCCCGGAGGACGCCAUCAAUGCCAUCGUCGCGAUUCUGAAGUCAUCUGCGGUCAAAAUAGAGCCUGAGAUGCCCGCCAGGCUUCUCGCCGAUCUGCCUGCCACAUGGUCUUAUAUCAAACCCGAAGAAAUCGUCGCGUUUGUACCUGCUCCAGAGCCCAUGGCGCCUGUACCUACAUGGAAUCCUCCCACAUGGACUCCGGUCGAGCCCCAAGAGCCCAUCGUUCCUGUGCCUCCCUCUUCGCCUCAGCUCAUGUAUCCUGAGACCCCGGAGCCGUCACCCCUCGCCCCUCCGCCUCCACCUCCUGCGGAGCCCUCAAGCCCGGUGCUGAACGCGCACGUGGGGGUGUCGAUCGGGGACCUCCGUCGGCGCGCGACCGACUUCCGGCUCCGGAACCAGGGCAAAGACCUGGACAAGACGUUCCUGCAGUGCUUCGCCGGGCGGCUGAGCGCACGCGGGGAGCUCCUCGAGGACUACCGGUGCUACGUCACCGGCUGCGGCCAGCGCAACAAGCGGCGGGACCACAUCCUCGUCCACGUCGGCUCGCACGUCGAGCACCGGCCGUGGGCGUGCAGCCAUUGCGGGAUGAAGUUCCUGCGGAAGAACGAGUGCAAGCGGCACGAGUCGAGCCACGGGGGGCGCAAGCCGUUUGCGUGCCCGCUGUGCACGCCGUUCGGGGACCGGAGCUUCGUCCGCCAGGACCUGCUCAAGCGGCACCUCCGCGUGUCGCACGGGGUGAACGAGGUGGGCUCGAGAAAGAGGGGGUCGGCGAAGAAGGAGGCACUCGAGGCGUGGCCUUGA